UGUGGUAAGCGUUACUGCAUGUUCAUCAAAAAAGUCUUAUAGGGAAUCCUUGAUGUGUCUGUGUCUACUUCUCUGCUGAGAAAUACAUAAUGUACAAUGAAUAUUACAACCUGUUUAUUUUAGAUACUUUUAUUGGUAAUCGGAGACAAAGCUUUCCUCGUAUGUUCCGUUCGUUCCCGAUGCUCUUUUUUCAAGUAAGAUACUCAAGACACAUUUUACAGAGAUAUGUUUUAUAUACGCUAUUAUAGUAAUAAGAGCAAAAGAUUUUCCCUUAUGCAUCGCUUGAAAGAAAACAAAGAUUACUUAUAAAGAAUGCAAAGUAAUUAGCAAAGUCCGGGCCUGCUUUUCAAAUAAAUAAAAAGGAGAAGGGAAAAUAUUAUACUUGAAAGCUGUCUUUAUUUAGAAAAAAGUGUUGAACAAAUCUUUAAUAUUAUGAAUAAAAGAACGCUUAAGUAAAAAAUAUUAUUUUAACAAAAUAAUGCUAAAAUCAUUUUAAGUAACUUCGAUAAAAGCCCUCAAAGGCGGCAAAACCUAGAUAAAGAAGAUAAAAAUAUUGUAACCUCUUUCUCUAUUUUGGAUUUAAACAUAUUUCUAUAAUUCAAGAUGAGACAACACAGUCUAUAUUGCCAAAACAAGGCUUGAUUGAUGAUUACGAAAUGUCUGAAAACUUUAGCGCCUUGUCGGGUUUUGCGUCUUGCGGGUUUUUUUGAAGUGAAUAAAUAUCAUGUGACUCUGUCAAGAACUAUAAGUUUAAAAAAAAAAAAAAACAACAACAAUUUUAGCUCGUUGGAAAACUACUUUUAAACAGUGAAACAAGCUUUCAAGGCCAACACUGGAACAUAAGUGCAAGAGAUACCGCAACUCUUUGUUUUUCUUGGCAUGCUCGACUGGUUCUCACUGAGCGCUGCUCUGACGUUCUAGCGUUUAAAACCUCUGAUAAAAUGUUCUCGCAUAAUAGCUUCCUAUCAUAUAGUAGCCCAUCAAUUAUAAUUUCUCGAUCAUUCCUGACAUAUCUUAUAUAUCAUAACAAUACAGUAGCACGAGAUUAAUUUACUUUGUGUUCAUCUAUCUUAAUCAGGAGUUUCUAGAAAAUUUCCAAGGGUUUUUUAAAGAUGUUUUGUCGGUAUUGUAUUCUCUCAUGAACUCAUGAAGUACUUAUCGAAUCUCGCUUGGCGACGGUUACUUAAAAGGACAAAACAAUAAGAGCUCUUGAAUUAAAGUAUACCCUCUUAUGGCUGCGAUGGUUUCCUUGUCGACUUGACACCAGGUUACACUGUAAGUUUUAAUUAUUUUCUAACAAAUUCCACAGAUUUGAUUUGACUGCAUGGGAUAAAAUGCAAAUGAUAUAUUUAUAGGCUCUAGUCACAUCCAAGCUAAAUCAGAGUUUCAUUGUAAAUUUGGAAAAACACGUGAUAUCAGCAUGUUUAUGUUAUCUAGAAUAUAGUUUCCGUGAUAAAUAUUGCACUCCGUUGUUUUGAUUCCGAAGAAAGUCUUUCGGGGAAUCGCUUUAUCAACGUUAACCAGAGAUCCGCAGGCCAGAUGAAAAUUUGGCAGAAAAUAAAUCGAUAAUAGCACAUUCAUCACGAUUCACUGUCAUGUCAAAAUUUGAUAGAUUAAAUGAAGAUUUUGUGUAUUUCAAACAGCGAGAAUUGCAUCUCUUGAAAAUAUGCAAGUGAGGCCUGAUUUAGGAUAAUCCUCUUUUUCAAUUAUUUUUUUAAGCAUGUGGUUAAACGGUUUCGUGCCGUAUCUUGUGAAAAUCAAGCAAAUUAUUUUUUAACUGUUUCCUAUUUCCGACCUAAGCUAAUUUGGGCAAUUCUGUUGGGAGUUAAUUACGUAAAUUUCAGGUUGAAAAGUGAAAGCUAUAUUGUUUAUCCUAACAUUAAGCACGUUUUAUAACUGUUUUCUAGUUGUUUUCGACCAGUUUAUUGUAAAGAUUGCAUGUAGAAAGGGAAUACGAGCAAGGGACAUACGCUAUAGCUACAAGGAUAAUAAAAAAAGCUCUAAAAAAGCCCAAAUUUUCAAUCAAGUGCAUUAAUGGAAAACAUGACUUGCAAAAAGGGUAGAAACACGGCACAACGGGCGGCAAAAAGAACACUCAAAACAAAACACUUCCGACGACGAUAAGUGACCACGAAACGAUCAGAGAAUUGCUUCUUCCUAUAUACAUUGUCUUGAGAGAAAUAAUUAAUAGAUACAUCUACAAUAGAUUUUCUUAUUUAACCGUUAAUGAAAUAUUAUUAAUUUGGAAAAAAGGCGCAAAACGGUGCAAAAUAGCAAAAAAUAAUGUAAUAAAUAAGCUUUUAUUUUGCAUACGAAAUCAGGGCAAUUUUCCCCAUUUUUUAAAAAGUUAUUCGAAUCCAAGGUCGAUUAACUUAAUGGCGGAUAGCACAUCACCAUCUGUGAACCGCUUUUCUGUGUUCCUUUCAAACUAUGACCCAUUUAUCGCAAAAGUAUCCUUCAAUUUCGUCCAAUUCACGAAAAGCUUCACCUUGCGAGAAGAACGUUUUUAACAAAUACUUCCUAAGCCGGUCAGAGAAUUCCCCCUUUUAUUUGCCAGGUUGUCUGGGGCUUUGCAAGGAGACAUUAUUAGCGCAAGAUAUCUGAUGUUUUUUUUUUUUACUUAUUUCUUAUUUAAAGAUAGCAAUUAACGUUUGUUGGUAACACAAACAUAAAACAAGUGAGAAUCGAUGGCCAGAAUUAAGCGGUUGCAUAAUCUUUCGCUUUCCCUGAUCCGUCCUAGCGAAAACGAACCUAACAAAUUGAAAUUAUAAAAGCUUCAUGAUUUACGAUAAAAAAAACUCUUUAUUAUAAAAAGAGCCAAAAUGUUUACAUUUGUGCAAAAUCACUUUAAAAUAACAUGGACCGGACUCUUUUUUUAAAAAGUUUUCAAAAACCACAAUAGGUCACACAUAAUAGGUCUCGCAAGAAAAAAAGAUCUUAAAAGAGCACUUUCGUAAUUAAAACCGCCUUCUAGAUCUUUCUUUAUUUAUUAUAGCAAAUGCUUUGUAAUCAAUCUCAUUAAAAGGUCUGUUUGCCAAGCACAACAAAAGAGGACUUUGUCUUUCUUAUAAGUGUAUCGAGAGUAUUAAAAGUUGCAACGUUUGUAUCUAUCCAGCAAAGUCAAGUGCGCUUUUAGAUGAGUGCACUAGCCACUUGCACAGGGGAGAUCCAGGAUAUCGCAAGGUGCAAGAAAAAUAUGUGGAAUUUAGUUCCCAUACACCUCCCGGCCCCUCCUAGAUCAAGGCCUCCAUAAAAGCUCUAUAUUCCUAACACCUGUACGUCCAGGGCAUUCUGUAAGCGUUUUGUUGUUGUCUCUAAGGCUUAAUUUGACAGCCGAUGUUUCCGGAGCCGUUCUCAAGUGAGGCUAUAUCAUGUAAAGACCGUAAAAGGUAGCAAAAUCGACACUCCCGAAAAGAACUCUCGAAAAUAACGAGCAUUAAGUAUCCGAAACACUCGAUGGGAAUUAUUACCCGUGAAGAUCAAUCGGUUAGGGCAUUGUGUUGUCCUUAGUUGCUAGGAGAAGGUAAAAAGCACGUGACUUGUACUAGAUUUAAAGAGUGGAAUAUAUCGGGACUGACUUAUCCGGAAGAAGAGAGCAGGUGGGAAGUGCCAAAAACUCCGAUAAGCGAGGAUUUUCACGUCAAGAUUUAUUUUAAAAAAACAUAAAAAAGGCUGAUUCUCUUGGACAUUUUUCACAAAAUCACAGAAGAACUACCAUGUGUUUGAGGAGCGAGGAUACUAAAUGUCAUCAGCGGGUAGGUGCGAUGAACUGAAACCCGUCGUUUAAUUGUGACAGUGAUUCAAGUUAUCAUAAGGAGAGUAUAGUAAGCGAACAGAAAGAAGGAAAGCGCACGAUAAUCGAUAAAAGGUGAACGUAGAACUUGACGACAUGGAUGCGAACGCUACAGGGUCAGCCCUAGCACCUUCGUCCCUCUGCAGCAGAGAUCUGGACUUGGCUUUCUGGAUCCUAGACGGGAUAAUAGCCAUUGUAAUUCUAGUUGGAAACAGCCUCACAUGUGCUGUAUUCCUGCUCAACACAAAUCUCAGGCAAAACUUCAUGAAUGUGUUCCUUCUCAGCCUAGCGUGCAGUGACCUCUUGAUGUCGGUACUGGUCGUUCCCUGGUUCGCGGCUUUCUGCGAGACCAAGUGCGUCUAUCCGCUGGUGAAAUGGUGCUGGUUGUUCGGUUUGCUUAGGGAUAUACCAUUCGAGGGAGUCAUCCUGAAUUUGGUCGCUAUAACCUACGACAGGUACCUGGCCGUAUUCCAGCCGCUCUACUACGGCGCCAAGAUGACAAAGUCCCGAGUGGUGAUAAUACUUGUGCUGGUAUGGUUUCUUCCGGUGCUAACGGGUCUGGUCCGCUUGAGUUGGCUCUUCACGGAGAUGCCAGAUAACAGGCGAAAGGAGAUAGACAGAAACUUCAAUAUCUUUCUUAUCUUCGCCUUUGUGCUGAUACCCGCUAUCGGGAUCUUUGUUGUGAAUCUGAUGAUCAUGAUUACGAUCAAAAGCCAUAAAUCCAGGAUUAAUCCAGCAGUUCCGAGUAACGGGGAGACGUCGGACUCCGAACGACAAAGAGAGAGAAUCAAGAAACGCAAAGGAACAAUGUCAUGUGUUCUGGUCGUACUCGUGUUUAUUACGUGUUGGCUACCGAGGAUAUUUUACAAUUUCUUCUAUCUCGCAAAAAGGCCUGAUCUAGCGUCGCCGAUAUUUAUCAAAGUUUCCAUGUUCUUUGUGAUAUUCCAGAGUACUGUAAACCCAUUUAUCUAUUCAUUUUACCGUCAAGAAUUUCGCCAGUACUUGUUACAUUUACUGCACCUCAAUUAAAGAAUUUGGUGUUUUCGCAUUACGAAGCGAAGAAAAAAAAAAUUGGUGACACAUUCGAAAAAAUCGUCGCCCAAAAUAGCAAUUCCAUAUAACUGAAAAGAGGAAAAAUGUCACUCAGCAAAAGCGAAUAUCGUGCACUACAUACGUCUGAUUGGCAUUUGUAAAGAAAAGUUUAAAUAUCAUCCUCAAUCAAACAGCCCGCAGACACAAUAUAGCUUGAGGUUUUGUCUAUGGAAAUCAAUAAAGUGGUACAAAUUAGUCA